AUGGCAGAACCCAAGCUCCCCACAAUAAAAUUAAAGGAGAAUGGAAGCGCAGAUUCGUUGAAGUGGGCUCUGGAGUCGUACGGAUGCGCUGUAAUCGAGUACGAGGAGAUGAGUUCGGGGCUGGACGACGUCGUCUUCAGGCUGUCGGAAGAGCUGUUUGCUCUCCCCAUCGAAACUAAAACCAAGCACACUUCUCAACUUGCAGGUUUUGGGUAUGGCAGAAAUUUUGAGGGGAUGCCUGCAAUUGAAUAUUUCGGUAUCGAACAUGAUGCAACUCAUCUUCACCCAACCACAAACUUCGCCACCCUAAUGUGGCCCAACGGCAACCAUCACUUUUGGUAA